AUGCCUGUCCGCCGGGGCCACGUCGCUCCCCAGAACACUUACCUGGACACCAUCAUCCGCAAGUUCGAAGGCCAGAGUCGCAAAUUCCUGAUCGCCAAUGCUCAAAUGGAGAACUGCGCCAUCAUUUACUGCAACGACGGCUUCUGCGAGCUCUUCGGCUACUCCCGAGUGGAGGUGAUGCAACGACCGUGCACCUGCGACUUCCUCACAGGCCCCAACACCCCCAGCAGCGCUGUGUCCCGCCUGGCGCAGGCUCUGCUGGGGGCCGAGGAGUGCAAGGUGGACAUCCUGUACUACCGCAAGGAUGCCUCCAGUUUCCGCUGCCUGGUGGAUGUGGUGCCUGUGAAGAACGAGGAUGGGGUUGUCAUCAUGUUCAUCCUUAACUUUGAGGACCUGGCCCAGCUCCUGGCCAAGAGCAGCAGCCGUGGCCUGACCCAGCGCCUGCUGUCACGCAGUGUCCUGGGCUCCGAGGGCUCUCACGGCAGGCCCAGUGGACAGGGACCUGGUCCAGGCAGGGGCAAGUACAGGACCGUCAGCCAGAUCCCGCAGUUCACACUUAACUUCGUGGAGUUCAACCUGGAGAAACACCGCUCAGGCUCCACCACAGAGAUUGAAAUCAUCGCUCCCCACAAGGUUGUGGAGCGGACACAGAAUGUCACGGAGAAGGUCACCCAGGUCCUGUCCCUGGGCGCGGACGUGCUGCCCGAGUACAAGCUGCAGGCGCCGCGCAUCCACCGCGGCACCGUCCUGCACUACAGCCCCUUCAAGGCCGUGUGGGACUGGCUCAUCCUGCUGCUGGUCAUCUACACGGCCGUCUUCACGCCCUACUCAGCCGCCUUCCUGCUCAGUGACCAGGAUGAGUCGCAGCGUGUCACCUGUGGCUACACCUGCAGCCCGCUCACCGUGGUGGACCUCAUCGUGGACAUCAUGUUUGUGGUGGAUAUUGUCAUCAACUUCCGGACCACCUACGUCAACACCAACGACGAGGUGGUCAGCCACCCCCGCCGCAUCGCCGUCCACUACUUCAAAGGCUGGUUCCUCAUCGAUAUGGUGGCUGCCAUCCCUUUUGACCUGCUUAUCUUCCGCACUGGCUCUGAUGAGACCACCACCCUGAUUGGGUUACUGAAGACAGCGCGACUGCUGCGGCUGGUACGCGUGGCCAGGAAGCUGGACCGCUACUCUGAGUACGGGGCGGCCGUACUCUUCCUGCUGAUGUGCACCUUCGCGCUCAUUGCGCACUGGCUGGCCUGCAUCUGGUACGCCAUUGGCAAUGUGGAGAGACCCUACCUGCAGCCCAAGAUUGGCUGGCUGGACAGCCUGGGCGCCCAGCUUGGCAAACACUAUAACGGCAGCGACCCGACGUCAGGCCCCUCCGUGCAGGACAAGUAUGUCACGGCGCUCUACUUCACCUUCAGCAGCCUCACCAGUGUGGGCUUCGGCAACGUGUCACCCAACACCAACUCCGAGAAGGUCUUCUCCAUCUGCGUCAUGCUCAUUGGCUCGCUCAUGUACGCCAGCAUCUUCGGCAACGUGUCGGCCAUCAUCCAGCGCCUGUACUCGGGCACGGCGCGCUACCACACGCAGAUGCUGCGCGUCAAGGAGUUCAUCCGCUUCCACCAGAUCCCCAGCCCGCUGCGGCAGCGCCUCGAGGAGUACUUCCAGCACGCCUGGUCCUACACCAACGGCAUCGACAUGAACGCGGUGCUGAAGGGCUUCCCCGAGUGCCUGCAGGCCGACAUCUGCCUGCACCUGCACCGCGCGCUGCUGCAGCACUGCCCGGCCUUCCGCGGCGCCAGCAAGGGCUGCCUGCGCGCGCUCGCCGUGAAGUUCAAGACCGCGCACGCGCCGCCGGGGGACACGCUCGUGCACCUGGGAGACGUGCUCUCGACCCUCUACUUCAUCUCCAGGGGUUCCAUCGAGAUCCUGCGCGACGACGUGGUCGUGGCCAUCCUAGGGAAGAACGACAUCUUUGGGGAGCCUGUUAGUCUCCAUGCCCGCCCAGGCAAGUCCAGUGCAGACGUGCGGGCCCUGACCUACUGUGACCUGCACAAGAUCCAGAGGGCAGACCUGCUGGAGGUGCUGGACAUGUACCCUGCCUUUGCAGACAGCUUCUGGAGUAAACUGGAGGUCACCUUCAACCUGCGGGACGCAGAUGGGGGUCUCCAGUCAUCACCCCAACGGGCCCCAGACAGCCAAAACCACCAAGGCUUCUUCCUCAAUGACACCCAAUCAGGUACACCCCAUCUUAAGCUGGGACUCCAGUUCCCCUCCCAGGGAUAUACCCUGCAGGGUCCUGGAAGCCAGACCUCCAUAGAAGCAAGACCUCAUGCUCCAGGGUACCCAGGUGCAGCCCCUUCUCCGAGCAUGUCAGAUACAUCUGGGCUCUGGACAGAAUUGCUGCAUCAAAUGCCCCCAAGAUCCCCAACCCUGCAGCGAGAUCCAGACUCUUGGCCUCGAGAGCUAGGCUCCAGACUGGAGCAGCUCCAAGCCCAGAUGAACAGGCUGGAGUCCCGCAUGUCCUCAGACCUCAGCCGCAUCCUGCAGCUGCUUUGGCAGCCCAUACCACAGAGCCAUACCAGCUACAUCCUGGGAGCCUCUGACCCCAGUGACCUGGCCUUGUUUCCUGCAACACGGAGUCCAGGGCCCCAGCUAGAUCAUGUGCCCUCUGCACAGACUCUUAACUAUGGUGACAUGGACCAAUGUAUGCUGAAGCACAGGAAAGCUUCUCCCAGUAUGCCUCACCCAGCUGUGGCAACGGACAAAACUCUGAUGCCAUCCUCAGGACAAGAGCACAAGCCUGAGGGGCUCCUGUCACCCCUGGCCUCACCACUGUGUCCCCUGGAGGUACAGGGACUAGUUUGUGGUCCCCGCUUUCCCUCCCUUCCUGAACAUCUUGGCUGUGCUCCCAAGCCACUGGAGUUCCAGAGACAUGGCUCAGAUCCUGGCUUCACAAGGAGUUAGGUCCCUUGAGUCUCAAGAUAAAAGCCACCACAAGGGGAAUGAAGGAGGAUGAGAGUUAAGACUCUUGGGAGAGGCAGUGAUCCAGGAUGGUCUGAGUAAAGAGGCUUGGUCCAGUGCCCAGGCUCUGUGUAAUCAGCAAGCCUGGCAGACAGCGGAGCACAGAGGAAGCUGAUAGGAUGCAGAGACCAGUGAAGAAGGGAGAGAUUUUCUAAUCUUCCACUGAGAAUCUUGGUUGAGGCUGUAUGUGGUUCACUCCAGCUCAGAAUCAUCUGCUGCCUCAAAACCCAGCACUAGGGCUACGGCUUCUCACCAAAGGCCUCCAACAUGGCUGGAGGUGGACAUGUCUUCUGUGGUGGACAUGGUAUACAGAGCACCAGGCCACUCAACCCCUGCGAUUUCCAUGACAGCAUCUGGGUCCCGUGAGGUAG